CGAUCGCGAUUUGAAUCGAUCAUGGCGCACAGGGCGCGGCCAGUGGCGGUGCUCUCGCUGACCCUCGCCGCCGUGUGGGCGGCCGCCGGCGUUGUGCACGCUCGGCAUGAUCCGUACUGGAGCCAGAACUUGGUCGGCGGCGAUGGCUGCGACGGCAAACGUAGUAAAGAAACUGUCAGCGGUGGCGGACUGGGAGGUGGUGGUGGUGGUGGUCUUGGAGUUGGAGGUGGAGGUGGUGUGGGUGGAGGCGUGGGGGGUGGUGCUGGUGGAGGAGGUGGCAUGGGCGGCGGUGGCGGGUUUGGCGGUGGAGGUGGAGUUGGCGGUGGCGCGGGGGCAGGAUUCGGAAGCGGAGGUGGUGUAGGUGCCGGUCUUGGGGGUGGCGGCGGCGGGUUUGGAGGCGGUGCAGGAGGUGGUGGUGGCAUUGGUGCUGGUGGCGGCGCUGGUUUCGGAGGAGGCGCCGGUGCAGGUGGUGGACUGGGCGGUGGGGGUGGUGCCGGCGGUGGAGGUGGCGGUGGGUUCGGAGGCGGUGCAGGUGGCGGGUUCGGUGCCGGAGGCGGCAUGGGCGGCGGCGCGGGAGUUGGUGGUGGGCUGGGAGGUGGCGCAGGAGGCGGUGCUGGUGGAGGUAUGGGUGGUGGCGCAGGCCUCGGCGGCGGCGGCCUAGGAGGUGGUGGUGGUGGCGGCAUGGGUGGUGGAGGUGGUUUUGGAGGCGGCGGCGGUGCAGGUGGAGGUUUCGGUGGAGGCAAGGGCGGUGGCUUCGGUGGCGGUGCAGGGGACGGUCUAGGCUUCGGUGGGGGAAAGGGCGACGGCUUCGGUGGUGGCGCUGGCGCCGGUGGCGGACUCGGCGGUGGGUUUGGAGGUGGCGGAGGGAUCGGUGGCGGCGCCGGCAGUGGCUUUGGCGAUGGGCUUGGAGCGGGCGCCGGCUUGGGCGGAGGCUUUGGCGCCGGGAUGGGGAUGGGCAUGGGCAUGGGCGGCGGCGUCGGUGCCGGAGCCGGAGCUGGAGCAGGUGGCGGCGGGCACAAGAAAGGUGGCGGGAAGCACCAUGGCGGGCUCCCGGUCCCAGGACGUUUGAUUUGAACUUUAUUUCGAUCGCUAAGCAAUCCAACAAGUAGCUAAUAAGAAUGGGAUGCCCUCGCUCUAAUCUGGUCCGCCACUUAGUUUCUUCUCUCUCUAUCUUUGUAUUUCCUAUUUGUAAUUUAUUAUUUCCCCCGCCUCUUUUAUUUUCUUCUCUCUCUAUCUUUAUCUUUGUAUUUCCUAUUUGUAAUUUAUUAUUUCCCCCGUCUCUUUUAUUUACAAGCAAUUUUAUCAUCUUUAAGA